AUGACAGUCAAAAUGUUAAGUGUCUACAAACUUCUAAACGGAAACGAGGAUGAUUACCCUUCUACAAUACAAGUGAAGCCUGAAAAUGUUAAAACAACGUUCCAAGAGAUCAAAGCUGAUAUUUUGACGCGAGAGUACACAGACGAUUGCGUGUUCAACGAGACCCUCGAGCAGCACAACUAUAACACCUACAGUUCGGCAAAAUGGUCCACGGCAAAGAAGACCCUGUAUCUCGGGUUGAACCGGCGUGGACAGCCGAGGAGGGUACAGGCGAAAGGUCACAACCUGGGCAGACUGUCCGCCUACGCGCGAGUAUUAACUCAGGUCGCUCCAUCGGAGCGGGUGGAGGCGCUUCAAAGGCGGAUGUUGGGAGCUCAGCACAACGUUCGUCAUCGGCACAACGUGCAUCGCGGUGACUUGAUCCAACAGUCGCUCUGCCCCACUCUUCCGGUACAGGAAAAGGACGGCAGGGACAAGUUCAGGUGUCGCAAACGUAAGAAGAGGAAGAAGAGGAAGCGACGAUGCAGACCGGGCGAGAAACCGGGUCCUCAGUGUCAAAUCGUAGAGGAGAAGGGUGAAGGGAGCGCGGUACAUCCGGUAAGAAGCGAGGCUUUCCCUUUGAACGGAACUUCCCCGGAGUCAAAGAGAUCCUGCGAAGGGGCUGCGAGCGAGGAGGCAUGUCGAAGAGAGGCGCUCUCGGUUCCGUCUAAGAAACGGAAGCUGCGGGUCCAAGAGGCGGCCGAGGUGGUGGCAACUGUCGGCAGGAAUGUCACCGGCAACAGCAACGGUAAGAGCAAAGCACCAGCGUCAAACGCAAAAAAAGUACACGCCGCUGGCAGCAUGAGUCAAAGUAAAAAGCCUAAUUUGACGGACGGGAAGAAGAAAAAGAAGAAGGGGCCAGCAGCGAGGAGGAACGGAGCGGUGCCUCUGCCCCGGAAAAGGUUCACGCCUGGGAGCAGAACGGACAACACGUCUGCGGUGCCCACGGCAACUCCCGUACCGAUCUUCGCAACGUCCUUCUCCUCUUGGUGGUCUCCUGGUGUGUCAACCGCCCCUUCAGAGAGAGGAGUCUCGCCUAGGCGCAGAGGCAAGCAGGCUUCCUCGCGGAAAAACCAGUCUUCUGGCAAUCCACGUAGGGUAGGGAAAGGUUUCGGGAAAAAUCGUGCCAAGACGAUCGACCGUGCCGUGAAUACAUACGAGACCACCGUUAAUCCCGACCAAUCGGUGACCGUGAAAGUUCCUCAGACCGUUUCUGAUCGAUCUAUUCGAAAUUCUUCGAGUCUAUCCUCCGACGACGUCGCGGACGAUGUCUCGAGAUCUGAAUCCUCGUUGUCUGAAUCCUUGUUUAUCGACGAAGACGCGUCUUCGACAUUUUCGAACGAACACGUGACUGCCGUAAUGGAUUCGACCACCUCGAUCGAGGCUACCGGAACGUCCAGCACGUUCGGGUUGCUCGAGGAGGAGAACAAAUCGGUCGAAGAAGUAGCGGACAGCACAGACGACAGCGACAGGUUCGACACGCCAGAAAUUAUUCAGUCGACCACCACCCCUGGCAUACCGUUCGAGAGGUUAGCUAUGUAAGCCGAAUUACCAGCCUUCGGUUAAACUCGAUAGUGUCCACUGGGAUGGAUUUAUUUGUAAACUUACGUGUACAUAGUAAUCAUGAUACGAUACGAUUUACAACAUACUCCACAUUCAUGUAUGACGAUUGCGUGCGCAUGAAGUGUUCCGCGCGUGGAACUCUCGGUGUUUCGAUCCGCCGCGGUGCGGCGCGGCACGCCGGUGGCUCUUAAUCGAAAGAAAAGAAAAUUCACUUGAUAUAUUCUUGGAAUUCUUGCUUUAUUUUGUGCUUUCGAGGUGUCUUAUCCAUUAAGAUUAUUGCACUCGAUAGGAAGUAAACCAAUCUUAAGUUUGCAUGCAACACGAGGAUCCUUUUUGCGAAUAGUUUGCUAAAUUUACAAGAAUUUAAUUACAUUUAUUUGUUAAUUUUUUAUUAGCUAGGCCAUCUCAAAAUGCGCAAAAUAAUUAUCUUAGAAUUAAGCAACGCUAUAUGCUCGUCGCUUCUAAUAAAGGUAGAGAUAACCUAACAGAAAAAUAAAAGAUUACGUAUACGUCAGUGCAUGCGGUAGACACCUCAAAUCAUGCAUGUUCAGCCUAAUUAAUUUCAUCGAGUUCGACUCGCUUCGAUUUCGAGCCACAUUUGCGAUAAUUGCCGCAAAACAAGCGUGCUCACUAGUGUCGACGGAAAGCGAUUGGAACGUGAAAUGAACCGUGUAUGUUUCAUGGUACGUCACGAAGGAGCGUGUCGGCCGAGACGGCUUGUCCGCUCGGUCUUUCCUCGUUAUUUCGAAAAGACGUAAUUACCAACGGGAAGAGACGGGUCUUAUCAAACGACGGGUCCCUUGUAACGAGCAGAAAACUCGGCUCUUAUUCUGUAAAAACGAUUCGCUGUCGCGUAUAGAAUAGCACCGCGUUCCGGAUCGUUCGCAAAUGGACUAAUUACGCGAACGGCCUCGCGAGCGCAGCUGAUUCAAACCGAACUGUUUUCAUUAAAUGCCUGACUCGUUGGUAUUCCUUUACAGCGUGUCCAAUGAAGAUGUUUUCGCUUAUGCCGUGCGAAAAUUAAUGUAUUCGUUCACCAUCCAUCAGCCCUUCCGUUUUCUAAUAAGCCGAAAUUCACCUUCAUUGGACCGCGAUCAAUUAAAACUGCUCGCUACAACUGCUCGAGACGCCUUGCACGACGUUAAGUUAAGACCGUCUUUUUAAAUUCACUUUCUUAAAAAUUUUCAACUUUGUUGUUCGGCGGACGAAGAACACCUUGUACAUUAUCUGCAAUAAGUAGUUAUAAUUAACACGGCCCGCGAUUCGCGGUAAGAGAAGUAAUGAUAGUUCAAAUGAACGGAAGCGAGGAGCACGGGAAACGAGACAAUGUGCGAUGUCGAACGAAGAGGACUAAGGCUAGGACUAACGUUCGACGAACAACACCGAGAGAGACACCAUGGAGAACAGACUGCCAAGGUAAUAGCAGGGUAAUCGAGGGAAUUAAGGAGACGAUGAUUAGGUCGGCAUACGGUCGUCACAAGAGGCCAAUCACAUACGUCAGAUAACUAUGAACGUUAUUUACGAUUUCGCGGUGAUUUUCCCUAAGGAGAUUACAAGCGUCGCGUGUGUUCCUUUCCUUAUUUCUUUUAGGCUAAACGCAUCGAAAGUUUGGGUAUUCAGGAUUUUCAGAUAGUGGUGUAAAAAGAAAAUUGGAUAGGAGAAGUUAGAGUGUUCCUUAAUUUUUAUGUUGCGUAAUCAAUUUUAUCAAUGGUUCUUGAAUAAUUUCAAUUUUAAAGAAAAAAACAAUUCUAUUGAUACUUACUAAACGACUAUUGGCAGUGUUUUUAAUGUUGUAAUUGGCAUUUAUCAAAAUUAAAUUAGUUUAUUCACUUAUCCAUGACUAACAAAAUUUCUCUUCUGUAUUUUAUUUAUCUACUAAAAAUAAUAAUAUUAAUAAUAAUAAUAAAGAAUUAGCCUAGUUUAUUCUUACAACGAAGAAAAUACAUUUUCUGAUGAAUGACUAUAAUUAAAUUUCGCAACAUAAAUGUUAAGGAAAUUGACUAGUAGCCUUCUACUGCUAAUAUCAGUAAAAACGGUAUGAAAAGCUUGAAUUUUUAAAGAAAAGACCGAUAAUUUUGUACGUUUUUUAGACAGAGAAUCCAAAGUAUUAAAACUACUCGCGAAGAUAAAAAAGUAUUAAUAUUAAAUGAACGUUAAGACGUUCUUUAUUCUAACGGAGAGGCAAAUACCUAUCUGCAAAAAAUUUGUAAUUCCUCCAUGGGAAAUAGCGAUUAAAGUUGAAUAUUGUAAACGAGAUUUAAAUAUCAUCGAACUUAUUAUCAGCGUCCCUGGAAGGAAAUAGCCUAAUUUUUGUAUCCUUCCACUUAGCUGAUAUAAUUAUUUGAAAAUAGAAGAAAAGCAUAUUGUAAAUAGAAUCUUGGAAAUCUAUUAUAAUGCUCUGUUCAUUUUUUCUUUUUUAAAGAUCAAUCUUAACAUUUUGAUCGGUGCACAUUUCGUAUAAUUGAUGAACUAUGUUUGCAAAGUUAUUAAUUUUUCAUUUGAAAUUUGUUUAAAAAUGACGUGAAUAAUCACGAAUAUGUGACACAGGCUGUCAAAGUGUUAAGAAAUCACUCGUAAAUUAUUUAUUGCUCGAAUAUAAUUGACGUUACAAAAGCGUAGGAAUAAUAAUAAAAAGUAAAAGAAUAAAGAUUUUCCGUAGGUACGAACCUCGCAACGUCGCAAUAAGGAGGUAUUUUUGAUGCAUUUUCAUAGAAAACACUGAACUGCCUUUCGUAAGUUUAAAAAACAUCUGGCACGCGGUUGCAUUUUAUAUUUGAUGAAACGCGACAGAUUUGUGAAGAAAAGUAAAGUAAAGAAAAGAAAAGAAAAUCCGAAGGAACUCGAUGAGAUUCUAUCGCGCGCAACGUCUCCUUGAAUCUCGAUCAAUGAUUUUUGUCGACAUCCGAAGAGAAGCCAGAAAUGUCUUGACCUCGCUACGAAUCUUUAUAGGAACGACCUAUUAAUGCUAGUAGUAUAUUUAUUGAAGACUUAUUUAUUGUAAACAGUUGACUCCGUGUACAUACGUCUACGAUCAUUACUCAUCAAUCAUGCGCAUCGAUCAUGUGUUCUUCGUAUGUUGUGACUGUCCUUCGGACGUACGAAUUCGUCAAAAAUUAUCGACUAAUAUUUGAAAUAUUUUCUUUUUAAAAAAAUUAUUAUACUUGAAUUAUAGUAUGAAAUGUAAAAACAAGAGAUACGAGGUAAUUAUGAUGUGUGUGAAUUUCAAUAAAUAUAUUCGAAUAAGGGUAUUGUGGAAGAGGAUGAUGAUGAUAUGAAAAUGAAAAAUGAACGAAGUAUCUACAUAAUUUGAUAUUAAAAUUGUGAGUUGAUUAAAAGGCAAAUAAAAUUAAAUAGUAAACGAACGUUUUAAUUUGAAUAAUUUUUGGAGAAUUUUCGUUUCUUGUUGUUAACCAUCAGCUGAUGAAUUGAAAGACAGUUGUAAAAGUAUGCCUAUUAAAAUCAAAAUAUAUGCACCUAUGAAUCAAAUAAAUGGAUAGUAAUUAAAUUAUAAACUGGAAGAUGAAUAUACAGUAGAUUCAAUUUAUUGCUUUUAAUAAAUCAGUCUUUUGAAACUGAAUAAAAUUUGAAUAAGAUGAUGUACAUACAUAAAAUCUUAUAACAAUAAGAUAAUGAGUAAAUCAACACAUUUUAUAUCACUGGAAAAUUAAAAUUAUUGAAAAAGAAUUAUCGGAAAUCAACAGGAAGGUAGCAUAUAAAUCAAUAAGUCUACUUUUAUCAUUUUCAUCAACAGAAAUUAAAGUUGUUAAUAAAAAGUAUAUAUAACACCAAAAAAUACAGAUAAAUGAAAAAAAAAAAAAAAUUAAGUAAAAUAGAUAUAAG